AUGUCUUUCACAAGUUUUUAUCUCGAUACCAGUCGAUUACCAGAUGAUGUUUUAUCAUAUACGGAUCAAGUUUUUUAUAAUUUUGUUGAAAUGCACCUCGGAAAACUACACGCUCGUCUGCUGUCAUAUCUUCACAUUAGUAGUGUACCAUGUUUUCUUUUAACUGAAAAUCCAUGCGGCAUUUUCGCUCUCGAUAUUGAUGAUGAAGUAUUGGAACAAUUGAGCCAAGAAGUAUGCAUUAAAUUAAAAAACAAUCAAUUGAUAGUCAAACCUGGUGUCGAAAAUGGCUUUAAAUGUUUAAAAGAAUUGUUGUUCAAAAAGAUUGAAGAAGAAACAAAGAAGAUAAAACUAAAGGGUAAACAACAACUUACGAUAUUGGUCAAUACUAUACCUGCACAAUUAAUUUCACUUUCUUCUUCAAUAUCAACAUCAUCACAAUCGUUAUUGACAAGUUCGUGUUCCUCAUUAAUCAUAGAUGAACAUCGACAAUACUUACUAAACUUAAUUCAUCAAUGGUGCAUUGACAACAAAGAAGGCUUUCAAUUGAAUGAACUUGAAUUAAAAGAAGAUGUUGAUUUUAAUUUUGUGUUUUCAAAUAUAAAUAAUGUUUUGGAAGUUAAUAUUCAAUGUAAAUGUGGUUCUAAAUUAAUUUUAGGAAAGAAUGUUGAAAAAUUUCAGCUAUCGAAUUACUACAAGCAUUUGAAAGAUACCAAUUGUUCACAUAUUAAUGCAUUAAAAAAGAAAUAUCAAGAUCAGACACAAAGUCAACAACAGCUGAUCAUCAAUUCAAUAACAACAUCACCUGAUACAACAAAUAUUCCAAUGAUGACAGUUCUUUCGGCUCAUUCUACUGAAUCAAAGUCAUCUCCUAUAAGUAUUAGAAAAAGAAGUAUUGAUAUUGAUUCAAAAAGACCACAAAAAAAGGCGAAAAAGACAAACAAACUUUAG